AUGGGCGCCGUCGUCUCUUGCAUCCAAGCCUGCUUCCGCGCCGUCGGCCUCACGAUCAUGGCCGUCAUCAACGGCAUCGGCGGCAUCAUCGUGGCCGUCGUCAACGGCAUCGUCUCCUUCCUCAACAUCAUUGUCGGCUGCCUGACCUGCCAGCGCUUCGGCGGCACCGCCGCGGGAACUACCACCGGCCGGCGCCGCGGGUUCGGCCGGCGCAGGCAUAUAGGGACGACCAGUGCCAUCUAG